AUGGAAGAUGAGGACAAAGAGGAACACAAAAGAAGGAAACUCUCUCCGAGCAUGAAUAGUAUGUCUUUUAUAGAUCCAUAUGGAUACAGCGAUGAGGAAGAAGACGUGGAAGACGUGGAGGUAAAGAGAACAAGCAAUAGCAUGGAGAAGAGAUACGGUAUAGGUGCUAAAUUACUUUCAAAAAUGGGUUAUAAGCAGGGGGAAGGUUUAGGACGGGAUGGUAAAGGUAUUGUGAACCCGAUUGAAACAAUAGCACGCCCUAAAGGUGUAGGUUUGGGGAUGCUUAGCGCCGUCCAUAACAUGGAAAAGGGAGAAGAGACUGAUACCUCAUCAGAAGAGGAGAAUUUGAGUCAGAAAAAAACUCCAGUUCGAUUUAAAAGUGUCUCCAAUGCCCAAUUGGAAGGUUUAGUUAAAGAUGUAAAACUUCUAAUGGAACAGAAUAUCCAAAUACCAAAUAAUGUUACAGAAAGAAUCAACAAUUCUCUCCUCAGCAAUGAAGAUAUUGAAGAAAUAAGGAGAACCACAAAGGAUCUUCUGAAAAUAUCAACAGAAAUAAAAACAGUUGAGUCCAGCUUAGAAAGACUUCGACUAGAAUCUAAGCGUGAAUCACAGCAAAGGUCAAUUCUUCGAGAAACGAUGGCCACAAUGUCCGAAAAUGUUGAUGAAAAGAGCGAAACUUCAGCCCAGCUCACUCUAUCUGAGCAAAUAACAAGGUGUCUUGAAGUUGAUGAUGAAUUUCUUGCUGACAAACUUUGCUCUUUCGUAUUAGCGAAGGGCUUGAAACCUUUAGCAUCAGAGGAUGAUUUAGAAACUGCACAGGUUUCCCAGUUGCAACAAAUAGUAGAUUACUUAUCUUACAGGAUGGAAUCGAAGUAUACAUUAAACAACACCCAAAGUGUAAUAUUCAGAAAGAUCUAUGAGCCUUUAUGUAGAAUGCUGGAAUCUACAAAUGAUCAAAAUGAACUUAUAAGAAGAGCCCUAGUGCAAUAUAUGCCUAUUAUCGAGUUUAUUAGUUGCAAAGAGCAUUUCAUUUCAACUUAUGUGAUUCCUUACCUAGAGAAAAAUCUUUCCGAAUCAUUCCUCUAUGACGGAUUCAUGGUUACUUAUAACCAGAUACAAUCUGUUUUAGAAGCUCGAGAAUUAAAAAUGACUAAGGAAUUGAUGAUUCAUAAAUUCGAGAGUUUCCUCAAAGGUUGGACUGCAUCAAAAAGGGUUGUUACAGAGGAUGUUAUAAUAUUAAGGGAAACGAUAGGAGAAUUGAAAUUUUACGAUUUAAUCAAUACCUACUGGCUUCCAAGAUUCGUUGACUAUUUUGAUUCUACUUUCAAUCUUACCGAUGAAUUUAUUGAUUAUAAUGAAAAAGAUGGCGAAGGUGGAUAUAUAUCAGAAGUAGCAGAAGUGAUCCAUGAAUAUGAACCUUUCUUUGACAGUGAUACAAGUAGGAAGGUUUUUGAAGUGAUUAUCAAUUCAAUCCAGAAAGUGCUGUUUCAAUGGUUUGUGCUACAACCUAAAACCUUUGUUCCAGAUGCCGAAUAUUGGGUGAAUCACAUCUUAAAUCAAAUCUGCUCAGAGACUUUGGCUAUGAAUCAUUCAGCGGAACUCAGGAAUAUUUAUAAUUUCGUAAGGAAUCCUUCCCUUGUUUCGGAACAUGACGAAGAGUUGACCCUCCACUCCUUAAUAAGAAGCACACGGGAACAGUGCUCCAAGCGAGACGAAUACAAUAGUACCCCAAUGACAAAAAUUUCGACCACAUUCAAAACAGUUGUUGAAACAUUUUGCCAUGAACAUGGACUAUCACUACGACGGACUGCCACAGAAAACACAACAAUUAAAAUUCUAGGAAGAGAGAAAGUUGUACCAACCUUUAUGGUAUCCAAUUUCAGCAAUAACAAGAAAAUACACGUUGCAUUGUCAGACGAUAUUCUUUGGCUGAAGAAGGGAAACGGCACAUACAAACCAAUAUAUAUUUACGAAUUAUUACACUUCACUUCGGACAAAUAA